AUGAAACAAGUAACCACUGGCCGCAGAACCGCUAAACCCCGCCAGCCUGUGAAGCACACCAAGACCUUCACAGCGUGCUGGACGUGUCGGAAUAGGCACGUAAAGUGUGGCGAGGAGCGCCCGGAAUGUGCAAGGUGUCUGAAAGGAGGUUUCUCUUGCCAGGGGUAUGGGAUCAGAUUGGUCUGGGUCGACCCUAACACACAGGAACGGGAGCAGAACAGCAGGCGGGCGAUAGGUGCUCCAGCCAUAUAUGAAGAUGAUUCCAGUUUCAUGCAGGUUGAUAUCCUUGAGGCCUUGGACCUGAUAGAAGGUUUCUCGGCAGAGAGUGAAGAAUUGUCAGCAGGUCCUUUCUCAGUCUUUCUUCUCGACGAUUAUGGUCCGGGUAGCCUGCAAUGCGGAAGUCCACAACAGAGCUCGGAAUCUUCAUUAUCCCACAGCUUCCUCCCAUCGCCGUCACAAGCUGAAACUGACGCUGACGAAGAGGAAAUCGAGACGAUUCAUUCGCCGUCAACAUCAAUUCUUUCGCGGUCGGAUAUCGAUUCCCCCUACGGUUCCAUCGAUUUGAGCCAGGCCGCUCAACCACCGGCUCUCCGACAUCUGGACCUUCUUCCUCGACCAAGGGAGCAACGCGAGCUGAUCCACCACUGGACAAGCUUCGUGUCAUGGCAUCUUGUGCCCGUGGAUCGUUCGGACAACCCCUUCCGCAGCGUCUUUACGCCCUUGGCGCUCGCCGGGCUAAGUUCUCCUUCGAGCCAGUCGAACGGCCAGAUCGCGCUCUUCCAUGCUCUCUGUUCCGCAUCCGCGUUCAGUCGCAGUCAGCUGUUGAAUGACGACUCCAAGACCCUAACCCUUGCCAUGAAACAUUAUAACCUAGCAAUUAUGCACCUGCGGCAUACCUUGGCGACCGUCAAGCACAACCCCAACACCAAGCCCGGAGUCGAGGUCCAGCGUGGUGCCAUCUUGGCCACCAUCACCAUGUUUUCAGCCAUGGAUAUGAUUACAGGCCGCUCGUCUGAGUGGCGCACCCAUCUCCAGGGCGGGGCGUCCUGGCUAGCGACGAUCGAGGGCAAUGCAUGGAAUCGUGACAAGUCGUCCUCAAUGGUGUAUCAAGGCUAUCUCGCCAUUGCAGCGCUAUGUAAUAUCAAUCUCCCGUCGACCAUCGAAGUGGACAUGGAAUCAGACAACUUCCUCGAUGAGCAGCACUACGUACUGGACCGAUUUUUUGGCCUCACGCGGCCCAUGUUGAAACAUAUUGUCAUUAUGAAUUCUUUGAUCAAGCGUAUCUCCAACACAAAUCCAGACACGAGCGAGGAGUUGCUCAACAAGCUUGAGCUACAGCUUUACAUGCAAACACCGGAGGCGCUGGACAUGGAGAAUUUGGAUCCCGUUUCGCAGGCAUUGACACGGAAUCAUGCAUAUGUCUUCUACUAUGCCAGCUUGAUCUACUUCCAGCGAACCCUCAAGCGACGGCCGCCCGAAGAAGUCCAAGAAAUGGUAGAGAUCGCUGUGGGUCACCUUGAAGCAAUCGAGGUUCUUGGAGGAGAGACGAUUGGAUGUACGCUAGUGUGGCCGCCGUUCAUCGUAGCUUGCGAAUGUCUGAGUUCAGAUCUCCAGCAGCGCAUGGUCGCGUGGUAUAUGAUGAAGCGCAGACAUGGAUUCAAGAAUCUGGAUCUCUCCAAGGACAUAGCGGAGGAACUGUGGCGGCGAAGGAGGAGUGAACCAUCGUCGUCAGUGGAUAUACAGUGGCAAGAUGUUUUGAAGGACUUGAAAAUGGAUAUAGUGCUUGCAUGA